GCUUUCUUGCAGGAGAACCUCGGCGAACAUACCGCUCCGAACUCGCCACUGGUCACGGUGUCGCUGAACAUUCUGCAUGCGGAUCUCUGGCAGCACUGGGGCCAACAGCCAUCCCUGGUACUUGGUCAUUCUGUGGGCGAAAUUGCUGCUGCAUAUACGGCUGGAAUCCUGACUGUUGGGCAGGCCAUCAGCAUUGCACAUGGUCUUGGCGUCGCCAUGCAGAGCUGCACUGGUGAGAUGGUCCAUACCGAGCUGCGCCGAGGAUCCCUCAAGGAGUUUCCCAAGUUGGGCCUUCACGUUGCUGCCAUAAACUAUGUCAUUGCAAAAGGUGACAGCGAGGAAUGCGACCUUCUCAGUGUGACGCUGUGCGGCACCUCCGCAAAGGACUAUUUGUCUUCGGAUCCUGCUGCCAUGCAGCUGCGGCCCUGUCAUCCUUGGCAUCAUCCUGAGGCACCGGUGCCUUCGAAACUUCCAACUGGCGCUGCUGCCCGGAUCCCCUUCAUCUCCGCAGUUUCUGCAUCGCAGCUGACCGAGCUCACGGAGGACCACUGGCAACGGUGGCAACGGAGCCCCGUGAGGUUUGCAGAGGCUCUAUGCCUUGCGCGCGACCUCACGGAAUCCAAAGGCUCCGCGGCCCGAGUGUUGGAGAUGGGUGCGCAUCCAGUCCUGGCAGCCGCCAUCAAGGCCACGUUCUCAGAUGGGCUCCGCUAUGCUUGCUCCAUGCGUCGUGGAGAGCGGGCUGCUCCGUUCCUUCGGCAGCAGCGUGCUGGCCUGGGGGUGGGCUUCCGCAGGCAGCUCUCGCAGGCGCUCCAGGGCUUCAGCUUUGGCGGUCGGGAGCUGUGUCACGCCACAAGCUUCGCAGUCCAGGGCAUUGCCUCGCAGCAGCUGGUUAUGCUUGCAGAGGCCUUGCGGCCCUUCUUCCCGGGCCUGGCAGCUCACGACCUCUACCGCUUCAGCAACAUAGAUGGUCUCUUGGAUUGGGGUGCGGAUGAGAUGUCAGAGACCUUUAGUCCGCCAAAGACAGUGAAGGUGCAGGAGCUUCACUUUGAGAUCUUGGCAUGUGCGCUUCGCUUUCCCGGGGCUGUGGACACACCUGGCGCUUUCUGGAGCAUGCUGCUGAAGGAUGAUCAGGAUGCCGCCUUUGCCGCAGCCCCCAAGGAGGGACCCAAGGCAGCCUUCCUUCAGCACAAGUUUGAUCAUCGCACCGCCCUGACGGCGGCAGGGGCUGCUGGAGUCGAAGGUGCUGAGGCCGCUGCCAUGGAUCCACAGCACGCCUUCGCCUUGCAUUUGGCGGCGGAGAUGUGGCACGACGCCGCCGAAGCUGCGGAGGCUGCCAAGGCUGAGCCGGAGCGCGUGGGAGUUUAUAUCGGUGCCUGGCAGCCCGUCGUGUCUGACACCAGGGCCUCUGCCUAUGCGGCAAUCGGCUCCUCUCUCAGUGCCCUGGCCGCCCGUGUGGCCAACGCUUACAAUCUGCAGGGUCCGGCAGUGACUGUCAACACCGCUUGCUCCUCGGCUCUGGUGGCGGUCCACCAAGCCAUGCAGGAAGCUCGCACAGGGCAGCUGUCUUUUGCAGUUGCGGGUGGCGUCAACUUGUUUGGGGAAGACAUGCAACUUUUCAAGAACCUCCGACGAGCUGGGAUGCUGAGUGCUUCCGGCCGGUGUCACACGUUCUCUGCGCUGGCCGAUGGCUACGUCCGAGGGGAGGGCGGCGCGCUCUUCCUGCUGCGCUCCGCGGCUUCUGGCCAUUCCAUGGCCUCUCGUGCGCAGCUCUUGGGCUCUGCAGUGAACCAGAACUCCACGCAGAAGCCUAUGUCCUCCGUGGACCCGCUGGCGCAGGAACGCGUCAUCCGCAUGGCAUGCGCAAGUGCCUCUAUCACCACCGAUAGCCUCACGGCCGUGGAGCUGCAUGGCACGGGCACGCCUCUUGGCGAUCCCGUGGAGGUCUCUGCACUCGCUCGGCUGGGCUGUGCUGUUACGAUGACGGCUUCAAAGAUGCACGUGGGUCAUUUGGAGUCGGCCGCGGGCGCCGUUGGCCUCGUCAAGGCUGUGCUGCUCUGCGAGAACUGCUGCGUACCCAGCUUCAAAAUCCACGGAGGCCUGAACCCCCAAGUCCUCGCUGCGAUGGAGGGUUCCUGCCUCAAGAACCCAGGAGACGAGGCCGAGCUUCCAGCUGGUGAUUUCCUGGGCGUGUCUAGUUUCGGCUUUGCUGGCAGCAACGCCCACGUCGUUUUGGCCCCAACUCCAAGCACCAGGGCAUGUCCCAAGUACGAGGCCGAAGCCUGGGAGCCUGCAGUUCCUCUUCGGCAGUAUGAGCAGUCCGUCGUGGAGACAUUGUCCACCACCUCUCCUCGAUCACUGCCGUCGCAGGACCAAGCCCCCUUCUCCAGUGUCGUUAGCAAUGGCAACCGGCUCUUCUCCGUGGCUGAGAACGAGGAGGCGGAUGCGGAAGACGUGAAUGUCAGCUCGCUGAGCUUUGUGGGUAGCGCUGUGCUGUCGAUCGUGGGCGGCGACGCAGAGGUGGACGUUGAUGCCGAUUUGCAUGACCUGGGCAUCGACUCCUUGGGACUGGCGGAGCUUCUGGGCCUUCUUGAGGACCGCUUUGGCCAAUCUUGCAUCAGCAUUGACAAGAUCAUCGAAGAACCCACAUGCAGGGCGAUCGUCAAGAGCUUGGAGGAGAGCAGCUCCGCUGCGAAGGUGGAGAUCUUGGCGGCGCCACUUGUGCCAAAGCGUGAGGAGCCAGUGGCAAUUGCCCCUGCUACGCCUUCUGUCGCUGCACUUCCUCCUGCCAGCUCUCCGGCAAUCUCCGUGGCUACACAAGAUCCGAAGCAGUUG